CAGGACGGGACCCUCUCAGAGGACGUCCCUGGGCGGUUUCGUGAGGAGCCGCAACGCCUUUCGUCCAUCCCGAGGGCUCCGGAAGAUCUUCCACCUCCACGGAGCCCGAGUUCGGAUCCUGCCUUUGUUCACACCCCAAAACCCAAGCGACGUCGGCGGCGUGAAGCUACCAAGAAGCUGGACUUUGGGGGGCAGAAUGAGCCGGCUUUGGAAGACCCACGGCCGGAUGGAAUCACACCCCCUCUUUCUCCAAACACCCGUUCUGGAUCCGCAGAAGCAUGGUCCUCAGGAUUUGAGAACCCGGAUCACACGGGACUGAGCGACGUGUUCCUGGUGCGUCAGACUCCCCCGGCGGAAAGGGAGGCGAAGAAGGUUCUGAAGCGGCCACCCAUCCUGGAGGACUACAUCAACGUGACCUCCACCGCCGGCACACGCGUCUUCCUGGUCGUGAAGGAAGACGGGACAUCGACAGAGGUUUCUGGCUCCACUGGGCGUAACUGGCAGAGGCCUCUGCAUCUCCUGGGUGUUCCUUUCGCCUGCCUAAAGCACCAAGUGGCUGAAGAGCGCCGGAGGCAGAUCCUCAACUCUUCCCAGCGACUGACGGAGGUCCUGAACAGUUGGCUGGACGAGGAGGACCUUGGAACAGCGCUUCAUAUGGAGGAGGAGGAGGAAGGCAACGCCGAAGCCGAGGAGGACGCGUCGGCCCCACAGUCCCUCUGGGUUGACCGGUUCGCUCCCCGGUGCUACGUGGAAUUGCUGAGCGAUGAUUAUACGAACCGUUGCCUCUUGAAGUGGCUCAAGUUAUGGGAUACAGUUGUGUUUGGGAAGGACAGGCCCUCCCAGAAAGUCAGACCCAACGCGGAGGCCCGCCCGCCUUUCAGGAACGCCAAAGAGCAACAGCCGAGCAAAUGGAAAACCAAGGCACAAAUGACGGAGGAAGCCCUAGAAGCCGAACUGGACCAGCACAACCGACCGAAACACAAGGUUGCGCUUCUGUGUGGCCCCCCUGGCCUGGGGAAGACCACCCUGGCUCACGUCAUUGCAAGGCAUGCUGGAUAUAACGUGGUGGAAAUGAAUGCCAGCGACGACCGUAGCCCGGAGGUCUUCAAGACGCGGAUCGAAGCGGCCACGCAGAUGAAGUCCGUCCUGGGAGCCAGCGAGAAGCCCAACUGCUUGGUCAUCGACGAGAUUGAUGGCGCCCCAACGGCGUCGAUCAACGUGCUUUUGAGCAUCAUCAACCGCAAGGCUGCGGAGGCUGAACCGGAGGGGAACACAAGCCGGGCCAAGAGGAGGAAGGAAGGGGGCCUCCUCCUUCGACCCAUCAUCUGCAUUUGCAAUGACCAGUACGUCCCUGCAUUGCGGCUCUUGAAACAACAGGCGUUCCUCCUCAGUUUCCCCACGACCGCUCAAUCCAGGCUGGUCCAGAGGCUGCAGGAGAUUACCACCCGGCAAGGCAUGAAAACCGACACGGGGGCCCUCAUGGCCUUGUGCGAAAAAGCCGAAAACGACAUUCGCUCUUGCAUUAACACCCUGCAGUUCCUGUACAGCCGUGGCAAGAAAGACGUCACGGUGAGGACCGUGCAGGCGGCGCAGGUGGGCCUGAAGGAUCAGAACAAAGGGCUGUUCUCCGUUUGGCAGGAGAUCUUCCAGCUCCCCAAAACACACAGGCAGAGAAUUGGGAUGGAUCCUGCGAUUAUGACCCACCUCCUUUCGGGGGAGGGUGGCAACCCGUUCGGGGGGGCCGCAGGGAGAGCGGCCGGCAACGCAGCUGCCCAGAGGUUCCACCACAUCCUGCACCUCUGCGCCUCUUCCGGAGAACACGAGAAGCUCACUCAGGUACUNNNNGACAAUUUCCUCAACAUGAAGAUCAAGGAGUCUCACUUCGGCUCCGUCUGCCUGGCCCUGGAGUGGCUCAGCUUCUCUGACCUGCUGAACGGUGUGGUGAUGCAUGGACAAAACUUCCAGCUCAUGCGAUAUUUGCCUUUCCUCCCAGUCUCUUUCCACUUCCUUUUUGCGGCUUCCAGUGUUCCCAGACUGGUCUAUCCCAACAGCCAGCAUGAGGCCCUGGCGAAACUGACCAAGAUGCACAACCUGGUGGCUUCCAUGAUUUUGGGGAUCACGCCCGUCGCCCGCAGCCGCACCGGGCCCCAGUCUCUUGUCCUGGAGACCCUGUGCCUCCUUUUAGAGAUCCUCUCGCCCAAACUGAGACCGGUGAACCCCCAGCUGUACAGCCAGACCGAGAAGCGGCAGCUGGCGGAGCUGAUCGGCACCAUGCUGGCGUAUAAUCUCACCUACCACCAAGAGCGAACCCCUGACGGGCAGUACAUCUACACGCUGGACCCCAACGUGGAAGAACUGUGUCGGUUCCCUGGUCUUCCGGUUCGGAAACCAUUGACUUACCAGGCCAAGCAGCUCAUCGCACGAGAAAUUGAACUGGAGAAAAUGAGGCGGACAGAAGCCGCGCUUCAGACCCGGAACUCCGUCCAGGCUCCAGAGGCCAGUUCGCUUCCCAAAGGCGGCAACGAGGAGGGAGCGAGCCCUGACUCGACUCUUGUGAAGUCUCGACCACGGAACCACGAGCAGCGCUUGGACCACAUCAUGAAGGGGGCCACGUUAGCUGAGAAGCCAGAAACUGAUUUCUUUGGGCGUGUAAUCACCAAGAAGAAGGUGUCUCCUGUCGCUGUCAAUCAGUUGCCUGAAAAAAACAUGAUAGAAAAUCUGAUUGGGAAAGCUGUUGGAGAAAGUGACGUUUGGUUCCGGUUCAAUGAAGGCGUGUCCAACGCCGUUCGGAGGAAUAUUUACAUUAAAGAUCUGUUCUAGCGAAUGAGAACUUGUGAGCCAACGUGGGAGUUGCGCGUCUGAAAUGGCCGGCGUUUGGAUACUGUGCAGGAAUAUUUUUGCAAGCAUCAUACUCUGUUUUGUACUGUUAAAAAAAACAAUAAAUUUGAGGCACACAGA